ACAUAAAUUAUGGGUUAUGGCCAAUAGUUAUAGCCAGUAACAACUAGGGGGUAGCUAGGCACUGGAGCGUAAAGUUUUUGAAUUGACCGACGCAGACUGAGCUGUCACAGUCAGCCUGUUUCUUUACCGCCUGCUAUGUUAGGUUACAGUCUGGCAAGUGUGGAAGAAGUCACAGUCAAGAGACUCAAGAAGCUUGAGUUGUGGCUAGCGACCCGACUUAGAUUAUUUACCACAGUUUUCACUAGCUAGCUAGCCUAGUUAGCUACUUUAACCAACGUUAGUUAGGUUAACAAUGUCGUUCAUUAUGACGAAGAAAAAUAAAUUCAAAUUUAAGGUAGAUUUCGAGUUGGACGAACUAUCUUCUGUUCCCUUUGUCAACGGGGUCUUGUUCUGCAAAGUACGGCUCCAAGACGGUGGCUUUACUGAAGAGUCCUCUCGGGAGCAGGUCCAGGCUAACUGUGUGCGCUGGAGGAAGAGGUUCUCCUUCCUGUGUAAGAUGAGUGCCAACGCUGGGACAGGAGUACUGGACCCCUGUGUGUGCCGGGUGUCUGUGCGCAAGGAAAUGAAGGGUGGAAAGACCUUUGCAAAGCUGGGUUUUGCUGACCUGAACCUGUCAGAGUUUGCUGGCUCUGGCAGCACCACGCGGCGAUGUCUACUAGAGGGUUACGAUACCAAGAACACCAGACAGGACAACUCUAUACUCAAGGUCGUCAUCAGCACACAGCUCAUGUCUGGGGACCCCUGCUUUAAAACGCCACCGUCCACAGCCAUGAAACUGGGCAUCCAGCAGGCAGAGGCAGGGUGUCUCUACGAAGACAGGAAGGGAGGGGACACCCACACACCCUGCCUCCCCAUACCAGAGCCCCCAGGGAAGUGUAUGUCUGUUCCUGAUGAGCCGAGAGCAUCUGGCCACUCUAGAACAUCCAGCUAUGCCAGCCAACAGUCCAAAGUGUCAGGCUAUAGCUCAGGUCACUCACGUUCCUCCAGCCUAUCAGAGCUCACACACAAGAGGAACCCCUCAGCAGGCUCCGCCUCCACAGGCAUCGGCAGUAUUCCUGAACCCAGCGUGGACCGGGGGGCUGAGAGGGAGACCCGCUCUACACCUCCUGUCUCUGUCACCUGUUCCUGCUCCCCCGUGCCUGAACACCCCCCACCCCCGCAAAGAGCGUGUCUCAGGCAUCCAGUGAAGCAGAGCUCGGUGGAGUGUCAGCUGAAGAGGGUAGACGCCACACGGGUCGACGCUGACGACAUCGUGGAGAAGAUCCUCCAGAGCCAGGACUUCAGCCAGGGCCUGCUGGACUCCAGCGCUGAGGAGGAGGGGCUCAGGCUGUUUGUUGGUCCUGGUGGAAGCACAGCGCUGGGAAGCCAACACACCAGGGUUGGCGCGGGGCCCUACGAGCAGGUGGUGAUCAGACGCUAGCCCCCUGGGAGUGGAUGUGUCUCAUAAGGUGCCAGAACACCACAGAGUCUGACAGAGGGAAAUAGUUCUCAGCUCUAUGCAGGACAAACAUUUUGUUCCAAUGGGAGUCCAGGUCUGAGGUGUGGAACCUGUGUAAGCCUGCUCCCCUAGUGUUGAAGCCAGGAGGUGACCUGAAGUUCAUGAUUACAACUUGUUCAAUAACUUUCAGAAGAAAGAGGAUAUAUUGAUAUAUAUACACACACUGUGCAGUCAGAAAGUAUUGAGACCCCUUGAUUCUUUCCACAUUUUGUUACAGUCUUAUUCUAAAAUGGAUUUUAUAUAUAUAUAUAUAUAUAUAUAUAUAUAUAUAUAUAUAUAUUGAAUCUACACACAAUACCCCAUAAUGACAAAGCAAAAACAAUUUUUCGACAUUUAUUAAAAGUGGAAAUAUCACAUUUACAUAAGUAUUCAGACCCUUUACUCAGUACUGUGUUGAAGCACAUUUGGCAGCGAUUACAGCCCUGAGUCUUCUUGGGUAUGACGCUACAAGCUUGGCGCUCCUGUAUUUGGGGAGUUUCUCCCAUUUUUCUCUGCAGAUCCUCUCAAGCUCUUUCAGGAUGGAUGGGGAGCAUCGCUGCACAGCUAUUUUCAGCUCUCUCCAGAGAUGUUCGAUCGGGUUAAAGUGUGGGUUCUGGCUGGGCCACUGAAGGAUAUUCAGAUACUUGUCCUAAAGCCACUCCUGCAUUUUUUGGCUGUGUGCUUUGGGUCGCUGUCCUUUUGGAAGGUGGACCUUCGCCCCAGUCUGAGGUCCUGAGCGCUCUGGAGCAGGUUUUCAUCAAGGAUCUCUUUGUACUUUUCUCCGUUAAUCUUUUCCUCGAUCCUGACUAGUCCCUGCCGCUGAAAAACAUCCCCACAGCAUGAUGCUGCCACCAACAUGCGUCACCGUAGGGAUGGUGCAAGGUUUCUUCCAUUCAGGCCAAAGACUUCAAUCUUGGUUUCAUCAGACCGGAGAACCUUGUUUAUCAUGGUCUGAGAGUCCUUUAGGCAAACUCCAAGUGGGUAGACAUGUGCCUUUUACUGAGGAGUGGCUUCCAUCUGGCCACUCUACCAUAAAAGCCUGAUUGGUUGAGUGCUGUAGAGAUGGUUGUCCUUCUGGAAGUUUCUCCCAUCUCCACAGAGGAACUGGAGCUCUUUCAGAGUGACCUUUGGGUUCUUGUUCACCUCCCAAACCUUCUCCCCCGAAGUGGCCAGCUCUAGGAAGAGUCUUGGUGGUUCCAGUCUUCUUCCAUUUAAUAAUGAAGGAGGCCACUGUGUUCUUGGGGACCUUCAAUGCUGCAGAAAUAUUUUGGUACCUUUCCCCAGAUCUGUGCCUCGACACAAUCCUGUUUUCGAGCUCUACGGACAAUUCCUCCGACCUCAUGGCUUGGUUUUUGCUCUGACGUGCACUGUCAACUGUGGAACCUUAUAUAGACAGGUGUGUGCCUUUCCAAAUCAUGAAAAAAAAAAUCAAUUUUAGAAUAAGGCUGCAACGUAACAAAAUGUGGGAAAAGGGAAGGGGUCUGAAUACUUUCCGAAUGCAAUGUAUAUAUUGAGUACUGUUGGAAUUAAACUGUGCAGAGUGGUAUAAUGUUCUCUACCCAGAGAGGCUAGACUUUCAAUUCUGCAGUACUUCUGUUCAAUGAAUACUUCUUGUUAUACAAGUAGGAGAAUGCUCAGCUCUUUCAACAAAAAGGGCUUGUUGUUUUUUAAAAUGUUGUUUUAGUCCUUCCAAAUGGUUCUAGGUUACUCUGGGAGAUAUUUUGUAAGUUACUGUUUUAUUGUUUGGUAUGUUGCUGCUUGAUAUGUUCACUGUGUAAAAUAUGUAGUAUUUCACACACACAGGUGUUUUAACUGACAAAGUGUGGCAAUGAGCUGGUUUCAUUUUCCACAAGGACCUUAAAACUGACUAAAGAACUAUACACAGACAGCUUGCCUGACGUCACCGACCUACAGGUGCCCUAUUCUGUCAAAUGAACAAAGAUGAACUGGCAUAUCUGUUUAGCUAUACAUGGAGGCCCAAGAGGCAAGCACAUCAUUAGCUCAAGAACAUUAUUAAGAUUCUAUGAGCAGAGAAAUUAUAUAAGUGCCAGAUGGGGUUGCCUCUUGGCUCCUUACGAUGAAGUAAUGAAAGGAGGAGAAAGCAAAGGGAAGAGGAGUGUCAACAUCAGAUGGAGGUGAAGAAGAUGUCCCUGUAGCUAUAGAGUAGGGUUAAGGUUUCAAAUCCUCAGGAAAAAUGGUUAUACAGUAAAUGUACUAUGCUCUAUGAUCCCAAAAUGGACAGUUCAGUUCACACUGUGUUGCUUUGAUAUACAAAACUGUAUUGGGAGAGAAGUCUCCUUGGUCAGAAAACGUUAAAUCUUUUCAGAAAGCUUAUUUUCAUACAAAAACAGGCACUCCUAGCAACAACUACUAGUAAGUAGGAGGGAAAAACUGAUUUAGGGACAGUAAACAUGGUUGACGUUUGGAAAGUGGGGCAAGUACAGCUUCACUAAAGAGAAGAUGGAGUCAGUCAAGUACAGCGAUCAAACCAAGAUGUUAAGAGUCCUGCCAACCAUCAACUAUCUGCAAGGCCAAACAUGACAUUUCUAUAAAUGUUUGUCUUGUUCAGUGCUUUGUUGAAAUACUGUUUGUGGGGUUUGUUAUAUCCAUGAUGUAAGUGUUACAUCAUUCAACUUCACAUUCAGACUAGUUCUUGUGAUUGUGUAUGUUAAUACUCUGCAUUUGUCGGUUUUUACUGGUAUGAAUAAAUUAGAGAAAGAA